GUUUUAUUAAAAUGCAUAUCAUAAAUAAAGUUUUUUGUAUAUAACAAUUUUUUUUCUUGCUUACAAGUAUAAAUAAAAAAAAAAACGAUAUUAUCAAGACAAGACCAAAAAUCUGAACAUCUUGUCUUGAUAUUGCCUCAAUAAUUUAUUCUUAAUCUUAUCUUGACUUGUCUCGAAAAUGGAAGAAUUUAAUGGCAAAACGAGACAAUACCAAGAUUAGUUUUGGUAUCUCGUGCAACCCUAUAUUUACAUGUAUUAUAAUAAAAUUUAACAUUUUAGUUUGCCAUAUUAAAUCCACUAUUAUAAAAUUAAGCAUUUUUUUCGUAGCUAUUAUGUUGAUCUUUAAAAUAAAAUCAAAAAGAAACCUUAUCUUAAUUUUGUGGAAAAUAUACGUAUUUUUCACUUUUAUUUCAUUUACGAUACGGUAAGCAGAUUAAAAGAAUGGAACUAACAAAAGCGUGGAUUUUUUGUGAACAAUCUUAUCCGUCAUCUUUAAAAUGAGCCUAGAAAGGAGUCGUUGUCUUCUUUUUUUUUUUUUUUUUGUGAAAACUGAAUGUAAUCUUAAAAUUUGCUCUGUUUGUUCUAUUUUUUUAAUCUUACAGCAGUAAUUUUGAUUUUUUGUCUCAAUUCUUGCAAAAGUUUAUAACAUGUUCAGAGUUAUUAAUUAUAAAAAAUAUCAAAAUUGCAAUUUUUAUCAACCUUUACAACAUAUUUCUCAAAAUCCUGACACAUUUUACACCCAGAUUUAUGAUUUCGCAAUCAGAAAUAUAUAACAGAAAUCUAUGACAGAAAAUUAUCUAUAAAAUUUUAAGGCAAAAGAAAAAUCUGAAAAUUUUUUUACUGUUUAUUAUAAUCGGUUUUUUGUUCUUCUCUUUAGAAAAUUUCCUUUUUGUAUUUACUUCGGUUUUGUUACCGAAAUAAAUAUAAUCCGACUUGUCUCAAAACAAGCAAAAGACAUUGAAAGUAAAACUAAUAAAUCUGAAAUUCUAAUAGAAAGGUUAGACCUCAAGAAGAAGUCAUUGAUAAACCGCAUAUAUUUAGACCACAGAACGUGAGUAACAUACUGCAUCGUCAAUGAAGGACAACCGAAGCAAGAAGGUCAAAUACUUUCCAAGAUGGAAUACUUUCAAUUACUCAUAGACUCAAGAAAGAAUUCUCAAACACAAUGUUGAUUGUCAAAGUCGAUUGUUAAAGUACUGUAAUAUUCACAUUACGUUUCUAAAUCUACAUAUGCUUAUUUAAUUUUAAUCAAUAAAGUAAUUAAAAUUUUCACUGUAAAAAUAAUUUCAAAUCUAUAUAAUACUUAAAGAAAAAAUAAUACAUAAAUAACAAAUAAAGAUAUAAGCUAUUAUGUGGAUAUUAUAUGUAAUACUUAUUUUAUUUUUAGUAUAAAUUAUUGUUUUAAAAUCAUUAAAUCUUUUUUCAUCAUAUAGUUUAUAUUAUAACUUGUUUAAUUAAUGUAAUUUUAAGAGACAUAUACGCCUAGAUGUGUCGAAACAAAGUCUAACUUUGCAAUUUUUUUAAUAUAAAAAUACAAAGAGAUAAACAAGUUUAAUUCAUUCCAUUGUAAAUGUUAUAUUUUUCUUUACAUUUAUAUUGUUUUAAUUCAAAAAUAUUUAUUUAAAAAAUAAUAUAAAAUAAAAAUAAAAAUGUCUAUUUAAGUCUUUUCUUAAACGUUUUGUUUAGUUAAAAAAAUUUCAAAAAAAUUCUAAGAAUUUAUAAUUUUUAGAGCUUAGACGAAGGAUUCAAAUAUAUUACAUAAUCAAUUUAUUCAAAUAACUUAAAGUAAACAAAAUAAGCAUGAAUUUAACUAUGUAGUUAUAUAUCUCUAAUCACAUAACAUGAAAAUGAUAAUUAACUCCAAAAAUAAACAAUUUACAAAAAUGUUUUAAAUAAAAAUUGUAUGGUCUGUGAAAGUAGAAAAAUAACAGUAAAAUUAAUUUUAAAAAUAAUAUAUUUUUCAAGAUUACAUGAAGUUUAUUGACGUUUUUUAAAAUUAAGUUACGUGAUUUUUCAAAUAUGACCUUUUUAGUUAUUUUGGACUUAGAAAAAGUAUUAUUAUAAGAUAUAGUUGCAACAAAUGAGUAUAGUCUAAAGUAUUUAUAAAAUAUUUUAUACUAUAUUCGUGAACUAUUCAUUUAUUUGUAAUUGUACUUUAAAGAUAUUUUGAUUCUACAAAAUAUGAACUAAAAAUUUCUAAUUUAACUCUAAAUUUUUAGAAGAUAUUGACAACUGUCCGAUUUACAAUCAAGUAUAAUAAAAAUUUUACUUUUUCUGGCAAAAGAAAAUUUCCUUAAAAAAUUUGAAAAAUCGAUUUUUUUUUAAACUUUGCUAGUUUUACAAAAAUUAAUUUUCUAAUUUGGUUAUAAGUCGGAUUACAUUUGUAUAAAUUAAGAAUUUUUGCUUAAAAUUAUUUCUGUAUCUUAUAUGGCAACAAAAAAUGUUUUAUAGUCCAUAUAGAUUUCUAAAUAGUGGCAAAAAAUAUUUUUUAGCGUUAAAAAAAAUUUAUAAAAAAUAUUCAUAAUAUUUUAUAUCAAAUCAUGGUGAAAUAGAAAAAUAUUGUAUUUUUAAUAAACAUUUUUGUAAACUUUAGAAAAGUAAACCCUUCUUUUAUUUUAUGUAAGAGACUUUUAUUAAUAUUAAAUUUUUUUUAUAUUUGUUAAAUAAUUUGUGAAGAGUAAUUGAUGCUCUCUUUCUAUUUCAUAAGAUCCGUCUCUCCUGUAUACAUUACUGUUUUACUGUGCGCAUGAGCGAAAAAUGGACCUCAUCUACAAUUACUAGUAGCGGAGUUGCACCAGUUUAGCGCGAGCUACUGCUCAGGAGAUAUCCGUGGGAGUUUUGUUUGUUCUAAGCAAACAAGAAAAGAUGCCUGGCUACCAUCAGCCUAAUUCCUUAGAAGGUCUUAGUUUGGGAUGCGUGUGCCAGCAACUCAUCAAGAUAUGCCAACGCUUGCAAAUGCUUUCGCAGCAAUCAUCCACAACACAGAUGCUAGCCUUCGCAAAACAAACAAUCAGACCAUACUACAUAAAUGGAUUACCGAUUUAUUUGCGCUCUCAAGUUAUCAAAAUAACAUUGAGAAUGCUAAACAAUCCAUCAGUUGUCGGCUUGACACUCACUUCCGUACCUGACGCAAUGUAUAUUUUGAUCCUUCUUCUAAACAAUAAUAUAAAACAGCUGAAAAUCAAUCUCUGUUGCUAUUACGGCUGUAGUCAUCAAACAUCUCUCUUAAAAUUACUUGCUUUAGAGGGAGUUGGACUUGAAUCAUUGAACUUAACCCGUUCCACGUUAUUGAGCUUAGAUUGUCAAUUGUUGCAAUCGGCAUUAUUAAAUAUGAAGAACUUGUCAAAUCUAAUACUUCGAAAUAUAGCCAGCGAUUCUGUGCUUGAGAUCAUAGGUAAGAGUUGUCCAAAACUCGUAAUUUUGGAUAUAGCUUGCUCUAAACAAGUGACAAAUACAGGAUUAAAACAGCUACUUUUUCAAAUGGAACUGCAAGACAAGGUCUCUGUCUCGUCUAAAGAACAUACCAGCUGGUCGAGAUUUAAAAGAAUGUUCAGAACAUGGGAGAUAAGAAACUUUAGAUCGGAAAAGAGAUUUUACUCAGAAAAAGUGCUUCCGUUUAUGGAGUAUAAAAAUAGGAACUCAUUAUGCAAUACGCUAAGAGUGCUGAAUAUUGCCAAUACCGCCGUUACCAGUUUAGGUGUAUUACUCGCUUUGAUGCAAAUUCCACAGCUCGAGUCUUUAGCGGAGUAUAACUAUAUGGAACACGUAGCAGAAAUAACGCAUAAACUUAUCAAUUUAAAAGUUCCGUUCAAUUUAACUGAAGCGAAGAGUAGCAAAACAACAUCCUUUAACAUAAAACUUUUAGCACAAGUAUGUCCAAGAGUAAACAAAUUACAUAUUUAUGAACUAUACCAUUCUCCAGAUAUGUUAUGCCUCUUCCCUCAUAUUACUUCAUUAAGCAUAUAUAACGUACCGCCGAAGAAGAAAUGGUUAAAAGAUUUUUACAAUUAUCUUCAGACAAAUGGCCAAAAUUUAAGUGAACUCAAUAUUCAAAUGGCGCAAAAUCAUAAUCCUUUGCAAGUUGACUUAAGAAAAAUUUUGAGUAAUUGUCCUAAUAUACAUACACUCAUUAAAAAUGGAUCAAAUAUAGUUUGGACCAAAGGACGUGACCCUCCGCCUUUUAAAUAUUUAAAGAAAAUUCAACUCGGAUGCACAGUAAAGGCAUUGGUAAUUACAAAAAUAUUUUUACUAGUUCCCGAAUUAACAGCAUUGCAUAUUCACAGUUGUCUUGAUUUGACAAAUAAGCACCUAAAAAAAUUACUAAAACCAUCUAUCAUAUACAAAAACAAUCAAGGAUUAGAUGAAUGUAAUAAUUUACAAAAUUUAACAUGCUUCUACAUUUCCGAAGCAAGUAAAGUAUCGAUGACUGUCUUGCUAAAUAUAGUCCGAAGUUACAAACAAUUAAAAUGGUUUGGAAAUUUGGCAAAAUGGGACUUAGACAAUGAAGACGUUGAAAUGUUAAGAACCAUUAUAAACCGUGAAAACAUAAAUGUAAAUUUAUGCUUCGAUUCUCAUUGGUACUGGAAUAAUUGUGGAAUAAUUCAAUAGUAUACAACGGUUUAAUACUUUGUAAAAUAAUAUUUUAUAUUAAUCAUAAAUAAUGACAUUAUUAAUCAGUUUAAUAUUAAAACUUUAAUAAAUUAAAGAUGCGUCAGUAUUUUAAGAUUUACUUGAGAUGUUGUUUCAUACAGUAGACUAUGAAAACUUAAAUGCCUGCUUUCUUUACGUGUAUAUGUCACAUGAUUUAUAAGAUAAUCAAUAAAAAUUAAAAUAUUUCUCCUUA